AUGCCGCAAGAAGAAGUCUCUUGUGACUUUGAGCCGCCUCCGACACCAAUAAAUGGUUUCCCAGAUGAUGAUGACCCUCCGACAAGUCUUACUGAAGAUGAACAAGCAUCAAGUGAGCGUGUCCAAGAGAGCCUUCAACAAGCAAUUUGUUCAACUUUGCGUAUCACACAAAGCGGAAAUGAACAAACAUCAUUAGCACACCACGAUUCAUCACCACAAAACCUUAAUGACACGACAGCAUACGAGCGAGCGGCCAAGUAUUGGGAUUUGAGUAAGGAGAUUAAGGUCAAUAACGAAGCAUUGUUGCCUGGCAAGCCUCGCUUUCAGCCUAAAAAUUCAAGAUUCAACUGGAAAGAUGUUAGGUACGCAAGCAAGGAGUGCAAAUGCUGCGAGUCUAUCAACAGCAAUAGGCCGAAAGGAAAGCCUCGUCUACCUUGUCUACAAUAUUCUAGGUUUGAGAGAUGUGUAUUUUGCCUCAGCUUGAACCGAGAACUUUUAGAUUGCGGUCCUCGUCACGAUAACAGGCCUCAUUCACAUAACAGUUAUCCGCAAGUGUGGUCGCAGAGAGGGUACCAAGGAAACGAUGCAUCAUUGCAGACAGCUCCAACAUACUACAGCGGUUCCAAUCAUGUUGCUUCAUCUUCCUAUGAUCACACAAAUAGGAGGCAUUCCCAGUCGUUGCAUGAUUCUUCCCGCAACUACGAUCAAGGGAACGGUCAUAAGCGUAGGAGAAGCGACAGAGAUGAAAGAAGUGAGAGAGGAAGCAGUCCUGUUCGUAAUCAAGCAGAACCAUCACGCAUACCAGGACCUUCAAGCCCACCUUUAAAUGAAGCUCUGACUCAAAAUGCCGCUCCGUCAACAUCAGUAUCAAGCAUUAAUAGUACAAAUCAAGUUUCGAAAGAUGUUGCUGUUGAUUGGUUCUUUUCGAACACCACUGCAAAUCGUGAUAUCAACGGUGAUAUUUGUAAUCAAAUGACAGGAUCUGAAGCUGUAAAAGCAUCAUCACCGAAAACAGUCAGCGUAGAGAAAAUCGAAUCUUUUUCGAUUUCAGCUACGACGCCAACCGUACCGCACUCUGAUGACAAAUUCCUACGUUUUGAAGAGCUUUUUCGUAAACUUUCAGAGGAAAGGAAGGCAAAGGAAGAGCUACAAGAAAAGUCUGAUCAGUUGCAAGAUAGGUACAACAGAUUGAACAAAGUAUUGGAAAAGGUGGAGGAGGAGAAAGAAGAAUGGGUGCAGAAAAGUGAAAAUAUGAUACGGAGAAAUGAAGAAUUGAUGCAGAGAGAUGAAGAAUUGAUGCGGAGAAAUGAAGAAUUGAUGCGGAGAAAUGAAGAAUUGAUGCGGAGAAAUGAAGAAUUGAUGGCGGAGAAUACAAAAUACAAGGACCAUGUCAGAGAUUUCACAAGUGCUUUUGACAGCCACGGUCAGCUGAAAAUGAUACAACCAAUGGUAGAAGAAGGGGAAAUACCUUGA